AUGGAUUGGUCAGCUGUUCGUAAUCAUUUUAAACAAACUUGGCUUACGACUUUAAUGAGUUGUAUAUUAUUUAGUGGAGUUACUUAUUUUUUAGUUUGGGCUGAGGGUCAUGCAAUUCAAAACAACCUAAUGCUAGAAGAGCUUGUAUCAGCAGCAGAGACUAUAGAUGUUCAUUCGAUUGAUGAUCCAGAGAGGUAUGAGGGUCAAGUUGUACACGUCGUAGGACCUAUAAGAAUAUUAGAGCCAAUAUCUGAACCAGAUUAUAAUAUACAAGUCCAAGCUGUCAAGCUCAGAAAACGAGUUCAAAUGUAUCAGUGGAUCGAAGAAACUACGGAAACAGAUAACUUUAUAAGUGAACAUGCAGAUGAAUCACAGAAGACAUACUGGUACCGGAAAGAAUGGAAGGAUAACGUCGUUGACUCUGCUCUGUUCUACAUCAGACCUGGUCACCACAAUCCUACAUCGAUGCCGAUGUUCAGUGAAACGCAUGUAGCGGAUAAUGUAAAGAUUGGAUGGCUGUUUUUAGGUGGAGAUGUGAAAAGAAAAGUAAAUGAUUAUUAUGAGAUUUGGUCGGAUUCGAGGCCGGAAAGAAGUGAUAUAAAACUCCAUUCGGGAUUUUAUUAUCAUGGGAAUAGCGCAUUGGAUCAUGAAAUUGGUGAUUUACGAAUUCACUUCUCCUACGCGGGACGGGAGGACGAUAUUUACACAGCUGUGGGAGUGGUAGAGAGUGGUACUCUCCAACCAUACAGUCCAACGAACUUUCCCUACGCGGAUCCCAUUUCGUUAUUACGAAAGGGCUCAUACAGUUUAAAGCAGCUCUAUGGUCUUGAGAAAAAAGAUGCGAACACACACACAUGGAAGUAUAGAAUAUUGGGAUUCAUACAGGUGUUCGCUUCAGCUAUGACCCUGCAUCCGGAAUGGAUGACUCUAUUUCUCCAAUGUAAGUUGGUCUCAAGUAACUUGCGACGCUGUACCCGGCUGUGGGUCAAUUUUGUUUUCUCCUUCUCAUACACACUUUUCGUGAUAUCAUUGCCUUGGUUAUUUCACAAGGCGACGUUUGGGGCUCUGUUAUUAGGCGGUGCAUUACUUCCGCUAAUACAUUAUUCGACGCUGUGGCGCGAUUCACGAAGGAACGAACGAGAGUAUCGCUGA